AUGUCGACGACGCCUCGAGGCCGGUCGUCGUCCCGCCGCCGCACCGGGUGCUGCAAGUGCGCUGGCGGCGGCGGCGGCGGGGGCAAGCCCUCCACGCCGUGCUGCUUCAACCCGCUGAGGUCCCUAUUCCGGUGCCCCGGCCGGGGUCGUGGACGCAGCCGCAGCCGCAGUCACAGCCGGAACCGGACGGCUCCGUCCAGCGUGUCGGCGGACAUCGCCACCGAGCAGCAAGGCCAGGAGCCGUCAUUCUUCGUCUAUUCCAUGGGCAGCGCCGCGGAGAACAAGAAGAAGAAGCACAGGAAGGCGCGGCUCCCGUCCAUCCGCUCCUGCUUCCGCAGCAAGAAGAAGGAGCGGAAGGCCAGCGCCCGCCGCCAACCCCUCACGCCGGCGCCGUCGAUGGUGACGCACCCGCCGCGCUCCCCGCCUGCGCCGGAGAAUACGCCCGCCGUGGCAUCCGGCGUGACGUCGACACAACCGCCUUCGCCUGCGUUUACCGAGACCGGCAACGUUAAUUCGCCGGCGACGUCCGACCGGAGAACUGCGCCGACGGGCCCCGGCAAGCAGCCGUCGACGGACUCGGCGUGGGCACCGUUCCCGCCGCAGAGGCAGCAGCCGAAGCAGCAGGUCGACGGGCUGCAGAUCGUCGAGGUGGCGACCGGCGAGCGGCUGUCCGCGCACGAGGCUGCGCUCAUCGAGAUGGUUGAGAGCUCGACCGACGACUCUGCGGAGUCGUCGAUGAAGUCGUCGCUCGAGUUCAUCAACGAGCAGUCGCCUCAAACACCGGUGAAACGGAUGGUGGCGGAUAGGGAGACGGCGGUGGUGAAGGCUGCGGCCAGCAGGGAGGCACCAAGGCGAUGGCUUAACGGCAAUGCCGGCAAGGCCGGGACCGGCGCGCGGUUCACCGAGCCUCUUGUGGUGGCGGAGGCCAAUGAGCUGUGGGCGCACGACAUCGCUUGCAGCCGCGCCCACGCUGCCAUGCUCGCUGACACGGGUCUGAUAACCACCGGUGAUAGGGAUAUUAUCUUGGAGGGCCUUGAUCAAAUUGAGAAGCAGAUUCAAGAUGGCAAGUUUGAGUGGAGAAAGGAUAGGGAGGAUGUGCACAUGAACAUUGAGGCAGCUCUGAUUGAGAAAGUUGGUGAGCCGGCCAAGAAGUUACACACUGCUAGGAGCCGCAACGACCAAAUUGUGACGGAUCUUAGGUUGUGGUGCCGCGAUGCUAUUGACAAGAUUUUGAUUCGCAUCAAACAGUUUCAGGUGUCUCUGGUUUUGUUAGCUUCAAAAUAUGUUGACUUAAUUGUCCCCGGUUAUACCCAUCUUCAAAGGGCACAGCCUGUUUUGUUGCCACAUCUUCUCUUAUCCUAUGUCGAACAGUUGGAGCGUGAUGCUGGCCGGCUGAUCGACUGCAGGGAAAGAGUGAAUUUCUGUCCUCUUGGUGCUUGUGCUUUGGCUGGAACUGGACUCCCCAUUGAUAGGUUCAAAACUGCUAAAGAUUUGAAGUUUACAGCUCCGAUGAAGAACAGCAUUGAUGCAGUGUCAGAUCGUGACUUUGUUUUGGAGUUUCUUGCUGCCAACUCUAUUGCUGCUAUUCAUCUUUCCCGCAUUGGCGAAGAGUGGGUCUUGUGGGCAUCAGAGGAGUUCGGGUUCUUGACACCAAGUGACUCGGUGUCAACUGGAAGCAGCAUUAUGCCACAGAAGAAAAAUCCAGAUCCGAUGGAGCUUGUUCGUGGAAAAUCUGCUAGGGUUGUUGGUGAUCUCAUGACUGUCCUGGUCCUCUGCAAAGGCCUUCCACAGGCCUACAACCGUGACCUACAGGAAGACAAGGAACCCUUGUUUGACAGUGUGAAGGCCAUACUAGGAAUGCUUGAAGUAUGCAGUGAGUUUGCUCAAAAUAUCUCUUUUAACUCAAAAAGAAUACAAAGUUCGCUGCCUGCUGGUUAUCUGGAUGCAACAACACUGGCAGAUUAUCUUGUGAAGAAGGGCGUUCCAUUCAGAACUUCUCACGAGAUAGUUGGAAGGUGUGUGGCUCUAUGCGUGUCGAAGAACUGUCAGCUGACAGAGCUUGAAAUGGACGACUUGAAAGCGGUUCACCCUGUCUUCGAGGCCGAUGUGUACGCCUAUUUGGGUGUGGAAAACGCCGUCAACAAGUUCAUAUCUUACGGCUCUACGGGUUCAGAACAAGUAAAAAAACAGCUUGAAGAUUGGCGCGUUCAGCUUGGGAUCAACCCAUAA